AUGGAGUGGCAUGAUCAAGAGUUGUGUCGGCUGCUGGUCUCGCUGGGUUCGGCCGAGUCGACGGAACGAAAGGCGGCGGAGGCGGCACUCGAAGGUGCGCGCUUCUCUGCUGGCUUCGCUGCCAGGCUUGCCGCCUUUGGCGCCGCUGGACCCGGCAGCCAGGAGGCAGUACCCUUGCGGCAGCUCGCCCUCACGAUUCUGCGCCAGCUGACGCAGAAGCACUGGUCCCAGCUGGGACCCGAGGAUCAACAUGCUUGCCGAGAGGCGCUGCUGCGGGGCAUGGCAGAGCCCGACCGGCGCCUGCAAGGUUUGCUGUUGGUGUCGGUGGCCAACACACGCUCUGCUGGGCCCUGGCCUGAACUGGACCAGCGGUUGCUGAGAGGCAUUACGCAGUACCAGCAUCUUGCAGAGGCCGUCGCGUGCGUGGAAUGCAUUGUGGCGCUUCUGGAUGACGGCACUUUGGAUGUCGCCAAGUCCUUGAGCCAGCUGCAGGCGCCGCUCCUACAACUCGCUUCCUCUGAGGCGCCCCCCGAGCUGCGCCGGAGCUGCGUGCGGGCGCAUGUGUCCAGCGUCACCUCGGUGAUGGCCAGCAUGGGCGAGGCGGGCAAGGAGGCGGUCGAAGCCACCCUCCCCGGGUGGCUGGCGGCCUAUGCCAGGCUUUGCGAAGGAGCUGAGGCGUGGCCUGUGGAGGAGAAGGUGAAGAGCUGCUUCGGCGCCCUGCAGGGAGUCACCAGCCUCUGCCGCUUCCGCGAACUGGAUCAUGCCAUGAGCGAGUGCAUGGAGGCGGUGCUGCGCCCAACCUGCCUGCUGGUGCAGAACUUGCUGCCUGCCUAUGAGGCCGUGAUCCAGAACAACGACGAUGGCCAGAGCGAGGAGGAGGGUGGCAUUGCGCCAAUGGUGGCGCAGACCAUGGAACUCCUCCAGGUCAUGGCGACCCGGUCCAAGCUCAAGGGCCUGCUGAAGAACCGUGUGAAGAACCUGAUCCAGUUGCUGGUGCCCUUCAUGCGCAUCACGGAGUCUCAGGUAGCUGCGUGGAAAGCGGAUCCCAAUGAGUAUUUGCAGCAGGAAGAAGAUGACCACUUCAGGGGCUGCAUGGUGCGUCUCUCCGGCGAGGGCCUGCUGGGUGUGAUGAUGGAAACCUUUAAGCGGGAGGCCCACCGGUCCCUCGCCGGAGUGGUGGCCGAUUUGCUGGAGCGCGGUGAAAGCAGCCGAGGCGACGCCUCCGCUUGGAAGCUCACAGAGUUGGGCCUUCUGAUCUUCAGCAUCGCAGUUCAGGAGGCCUCGGCCAAGUCCCUGCAGCGCAGUGACCUGGGGCCGCAGGUGCCAAGCGUGUUGGCGCUGGCGGCCAAGCUCAGUGGCGACAAAGCCUCGCCAGAGUUCCUACGAGCUCGCGCCUUCUCUUUGCUCCAUCGCCUGGCGGACACGGUGACCUCCCUGGCGGGGCAGGAGGUGCCGCGGCUUCUCGAGGGCGCGGCGGCCGGCCUUGCAAGCACUGAGCCCUUGAUCGUGCGGGUGAGUGCCUGCCGCGUCUUCUGCCGCUUCCUCACCUCCACCCAAGACGAGGCCUUGCGCGAGGAGUUGCUCCUGAAGAAGGGCGUUCUCGCCUCUCUGGGCUCCUUGCUCCGAGAGGCGGACGAGGAGCUGUUGCACCUAUGCCUGGAAUGCCUGUGCAUCAUCGUCAAGCAAUGUCCCGCCACCAUGGCGAAAGUGGAGGCCGACCUGUGCCCGCUCACCCUUCAGAUCUGGCGGCGCUGCGCCUCCGACCCCUUGGUGCACAUGCAGGUGUUGGAUUUGGUGAGCUGCUGCAUCUCAUCGGGGCAACUUCAGAAGGCCAUGGAGGAUCAGCUACUGCCAGUCGUGCACAGCGACCUGCAGCCUGAGGCGGAUCCCCAAUUGGCCUCCUCGGCCAUGGAGCUCUUUGGGGUGCUGCUGAAGCGUGCGACUCUGCCGCUGGCUGCGGGAAUGUGGACCUGUGCGGGCUUGCUGUUGGCCAAGGCCAUGCAGUCGGACGAGAGCAUGAUGCUGCAGAACGCCUGUGAGACGCUCGUGUCCCUGGUGCAGAGGGCCCCGGAGCCCGCGGCUCAGCUGCUGGAGCCUCUGCUGCGCUUCGCGGAGCGGCUGCUGGGCCCGGACCUGGACGACGAUGCCUGCCUCUAUGUGGGGCCCCUUGCCAUGCUACUCUUCGCGCACUAUGGUCGCGUCUUGCCGGCGCAGAUGCAGGUGGCCUUGUUACGUGCCCUCGUGGUGCGCCUGGGCCGUGCGGAGCGGCCCUACCUGCGCCAGGAGCUGGUGGUGGUCUUCGCCCGCCUCCUGCACGAGGACAUGGACGGCUCACUGCAGGUGCUGGCCAAUCUGGAGGUGCCAAGUGGCUCCGGUCACCGGAACGGGCUGGAACUGCUGAUGUCCACAUGGCUCACCUGCGCUGCGGACAUGCGGGCCCGACGAGCGCGCAACAUCACGGUCUCGGCGCUCUGCCGUUUGCACGAGCGCCUUAAGGAGGACCCCCAGCUGCGUGCGAAGCUCGGGGAGGCUGCCAGCCCGGAUCGGCUUCUCCAGACCAUCGUGGCAGGCCUCGAGUUCGAGAACGAGCGGUGUAGUCGGCUGAUAGAAGCGGACGCGCUGCUGGAGGACUCGGAGGAUGAGGAAGAGAGCCACGAUCAGAAGCAAAACUUCUUCCUCUCCGACGUCUUGGAUCUGGAGGACAUCGACUCGGACUCAGAGGGGGAUACCUUCCAGGACUGGGGUAGUCUGAUCACGAGGCAGCUGGGUCGCAGCCAUGCCUGGCAAGUGCUGUCACAAGAGCUCGCCAAGGUGGAGCGGCCUACCGGCCGGCUGCUAAGUGCUGCCAUCAGCGCCUAUGGCCGAAGUUCUCAGUGGCCGCUGGCAUUGGCGAUGCUGCGGCGGCUGGCAAAUGAGGACUUGGAGCCCAACGUCGUGAGCUUCAGCGCGGCCAUGACGGCCUGUGAGAAGGGCGGCCGCUGGGAUCUCGCCCUGCCUAGGAGCUGUGCUUCGGUCUGGGCUUUGGCGAAAGCGAGCGGCGCGAAGGGAAGGCUCAUCUUCUCAGACAUGCCCACGGUGCUUGUGGAGCCGAAUUUUGUUACUUACGGGGCCGCCCUGAGCGCCCUGUCGCGGGGCGAGAAGUGGCGAGAGGCGCUGGAGCUGUUCACAGUGCUGCCGCAGAGAGGAGUCGAGAGCGGCAUCAUUAGUGUCACAGCCACCCUCACGGCCUGUGGCCGAGCAGCGUGCUGGCAGGAGGCGCUGGAAUUGCUCUCCUGGGCGCGGCAGGAACAUCUGCAGCCCACGGUGAUCUGCUACAGCUCUGCGCUGAGCGCCUUGGAGCGCGGCAACCGCUGGGACUGUGCCUUGGGCCUCUUCGCUGAGAUGGAGGAGAACUACAUUGCUCCGAACACCAUUAGCUUCUCUGCCGCCAUCAGCGCUUGUGAGAAGUGCGGCCAGUGGCAAACCUCCUUGCGGCUCCUGGAGCAGAUGUACCACCGAGAGGUGGCUCCAGAUGUGGUGUGCUACAGCGCAGCUAUCUCCUCCUGCGAGAAGGCGGCAGAAUGGGCGAUGGCCCUGUUCCUCUUGGCGGAGUUGCCACGGGCGCGAUGUGAGGCCAAUGCCAUCAGCUACAACGCGGCAAUGGGCGCCUGUGAGAACUGCAACCAGUGGCAGGCGGCCAUUCAGCUCUUCGAAGACAUGGAGCCAAAGGUGACACCGACCGUGAGGACCUUCAACGUCCUCAUCAGCGCCUGCAGGCAUCAAUGGCAGCUUGCUACAGGCCUUUUCUCCACCGCCGUCCAGCGACAGCUGGAGCUCAGCGUGCCGGGCCCUUGGCGGGAGCUUGGCUCCAAACGCGGCGCAGGUCGUGAUCUCUCUGACUUUGCACUGCCUGAAGAGAUUGCCUUUAUCUACGAGCACAAACUCGGCUCGGCUUUGGUGACCUACAAUUCCCUCAUGGCGAGCUACGAGAGCCUGUGGCCCCGAAGCCUUAGCCUCCUCGAGGAGAUGCAGUCUCAGGUGCAGACCGCGGGUUUUCUGUUCUUGGAGGCGCCCUCCGAAAUGGAGUGGGCGCUGUCCGCCGCAUGCUUCGCUGCGUACCUGUUGGGCCUCUCGCAGUUUAUAUGCCGAGCGCUGAUUCAUCGGAAGGCGGCAUUGCAGUUCUGUCAGAAGUGCGCCAGUGAGAUGCGGCGAGCCUUUAGGCAAGCCUCACCACAGGAGAAGCACCUCCGCAGGCAGGUGGUACUCCUGAAGAGCUCUCGGGCUAUCACUCACGCCACCUGCUGGUUGGCCGUCAUGACCUUUUGCUUGCAGUCGAUCGUCUUCAACAUCGCGAUGGAGCAGACGAGAUGGAUGACAGAUCAAGCUACCUGGGGACAGGUGAUCCUCACCGUGAUCCUGAUGGUAAUAGUUCAGGUGCCAUCGGCCAUGAAUGAGCACACCCUCGACAUGUGGUACAUCUUCUGCCAGCUAUUGAGCGCUCUGCUCACAUCCAGCUACAGCUGUAGCACAGACCAAGCCUUGACCGCCUCAAUGUUUGUUUUCCUUUUCAUCUCCGGCCCCGCAGCCAUGUUCGCCAACCGCCGGAUCCUCAUCUUCGUGAGCCACUUGGGGCUUUUCGGCCUUGCAGUGCUAAGAUGUCUCACAGAGGACUUUCCGGCUGGCAUGCGCGGAGGGCCGGCGUAUGCAAUGACCUUCUUCAUGUUCCUUUGCGUCGCAUCAGUCAUCUCCCAAUUUUCUCAUCACCAGUGCCGCCGGGAGGUGGAGGCGGGGGUGAGGGAGAAGAACUCGGCCACGCAGCUCAGCGCGGCCAGCGAGCUGCUGCAGCUCACCUGCGACGCGGUGCUGGAGCUGGACCACGACCUGCGGCUGCGCGUCCACAGCUCCCAGCUGGCCACGAUGCUGCUCCAUCGACCGCAUGCCUCCCUGAAGGGCAUGAAGUUCACCAAGUUCAUCGCCCAGGAACAGAAUGACUAA